AAAAAACAGUGUUUAAUGAUAAGUCGAAUAGAGUACUUGUGUAUCAGAAUACAAUACGUUUUCUGGAUCAAGAUGUUCUUGUGGUUAUUAACAGUUUGUAUGCUACAAUGCACAGUACAGGCAAGUUACGAGGUAGUGUUCGAAGAUGCUGAGUGUUUCGAUAUAAACGAAAAAUAUAUAAAGGAAUGUGAAAUAAAUGUAGACUACGAUAGUGAAUAUGGAUCUAAACUGGAUGCAUAUCUGGAAAUUCUUGAAACUCCUUAUGAUUCCAUCAAACUGGAAGUUGAUACGUUCACUACUCAAAUGGGUGAAUAUACACUUCCUAUGGCAAUUCACUUAGAAGAUGAUUUAUGCAAAUUUGUAAGAGAAGAAAAUUCUAUGGGAUAUUUAUUUAUAAAGUCAAUAAAUAUAGGGACUUGUCCUCCGAAACCAGGAAUUUACAAACAAGAAAAGUUUGUAAUUAACAAUAUGGAUGCUUUACCAUCUUCAUUUCCCGAAGGUCAUUAUUUAUUAAAUUCGACGUUAUCAUCUGAAGAUAUCGUAUUAUUCCGUAUUAAUUUAUAUGUAAGAGUAUAUUAAUUAAUUAUCAAAAUGUAAUAGUACGAAAAUAUCAAAAUAAA